AUGGGAAAAUCGAAGAAACCGAAGCCAGAGCCCAAGAGCCCGAGUCCAGCAACAUCCUCACGGGCAAUCACGGAGUCAGAGGAGCCUGUUAGUCCAGCAGAAGACCCCACAGCGGAGGCCUCACCACCGCCCAAAGAGGAUUUCGAAUCGUACUACAUCAAACGGGUCACGGCGGAAUUCGCAGACGACAUCGACAAACUGCGGAAUGCCCCCGAUUUUAGCGAGGAAUCUGUGCCGGUGUUGAUCCAGGCGCUGAAACAGGGUUCGAAAGGGUUUAGUGAUGAGGACAAGGAGAAAGUAAUGAGAGGGAGGUAG